AUGCACCGGCGCUGUAUCAUUGUGGAGGGAACUUAUGCCGGUGACGACGAGUCCGCUGAUGCCUUCGCCACCGUGGAAACUCACGAUGGCACCAAGACCACGUUCCUGAUCCAGUCGUGGCCUGGCGGAGACAACCGCAUCAAGAUCGUCGCCAUGCUGUCUCCUGGACGUGACGUUCUGACCAUCGCCCGCUCCUCUGGCACGGGCAAGAUUGUCCGCGAGCUGGACCUGACCUGCGUCCUCCUCCUCCAGGCACCGCCUCUCCACCUCGCUUCCGCCGAGUGCCUGCUCGAUGCCCAGACGCCCGGGGCGAGUUCCUCCACCAGGACGGCGUACUCCCGCAGUGACGGCCGGGAGGGCUUGUCUGUCGUGGACGACGACACGACAAAUGACGCGCGGCGGGACCUGCAGGAUUCCCUCUCCUUCCAGUCUCUCGACCACUUCUGGCUACCCGGCGACGCCAGGUUCUCGGCCGCCGCCCGUUCGAGCGCCCCGGCCAUCGUCGCGGUCAACAUCGGGACCGACGACGCCGGCCUCGAGGCCUUAUGCGCCGCGCGUGUUGCGCGGAUCGACUGCAACGGAGAGGUCGAGCCCCAGCCCUGCGUGGCGAGCCCCCUCCAGUCUCUCGAGGACCGGUUCUCUCGGGAGGAGGACCUCAAGGUGAUCGUCCUCGGCUUGAAAGAGAUGGCCAAAACAGUUCACAACGUGUGGCGCCUGUUCACGCUCGUCCCCAGCUCGGACGCGCUCCCGCGAAUGCUUUCCAUUACCACCCGAGGAAUGAAACGGGGCCAACGACAACGGCGACGACGACUUUUGGGCCUGGGCGACGCUACUCACGCGGUGCGUUUCGUGCUUCGAUGUGCGGACGGGGUGCCUCCUUGA